AUGGUUUCGAAAACCACGCGAGCUGCUACUGCAGCAGCAAGAAGAGCGACUGCACGCAUAUGUGCGGCCACGGAAAGUGCCUCUCGCACCUCGUCAGCAGGCGAUUCGUCGCCUGUUGUCGUGAAUCCUUCACGUGGUGAGUCACCACGUGCGACCGGUACAUCUGCUGCGUCUGCAGCAUGUACUGCGAGUCAUAAUCCAGAAGAGUCUGAAAUAGAGCUCAUCUAUUCUGGCGAGUCGGAUGAUGCAUCCGACUCGAAGGCGACGCCUUACGCCUCCGGAUCACCCGGGCGGACACUGCUAAAGCCAGGCUGA